CCCGUCUACACCGGCAUGCAUGUAUACAACUUGCCCUUGGCAUCACAACGCUCCUCCUAUCACCAUCACACAAGUAUGCAACGCCCGCAUGGACACAGCACUCACUACACAAGACUGAUGUAAGCCCCAACCCGUCCUCCCUCUUCUCGCAAACGAGAUGCUUCCAGUGCCAUCACGUCAGCCAGCGUUCCGCACCGUCGGGACCUCGCAAGCCGCCUGGCUGUAUGCAAGUCAACAAUCUCGUCACCCCUUCUGGCACCAACAACGUCGAAUGGAUGCUCCGUGUCGCUUUUCUCACCGUGGCCAUGUACCUGCCUCUUUUGCCCACCUUGGCCCUUCCCCCGUCUCAUCAAAUCAGCAUGAGAAAGCUCGAUGGAUGCGCGAUGGCGAGCAGGGGACAUCAUGCCAUUUCUGCGAAUCCGUACAAGUGCGAGCGAUCCUUGGCAACGAGGGAAUGGGAGUGGGGAGCCAAAGCCGUGCAAGUCAUGUCGAGCUGCAGCUUGCAUCUCCCAAUCGCGUAACCCAGCGCCGCCGUCGCUCUCUCGGGUGUGCUCCUAUCUGUCCGUCUGUCUGUCUGCCUGUCUGAGUCUCGGUCGGAUUCCGGGGGGGUUCGCUCGGGUUCGGGCUCACAUACAGCCGUGUGCGCCCCUGGCCCGUUGCUAAAUCACGAGAAAAGGAGAGAGUCAUGCCAUCAUUCACUCGACUGCAACGUCAAACAACUCCACCUCCCUCCUCUCUUCUAUACUUGAUGCGACCUAUAGUUGCACUUCUGGAACAUGGAAACGGCGGCUGCCCCGUCACUUCAUUCAUCCACCCCACCCUCUUUUCAUCAACAAACCGAUCCCGCCUCAUUCACACCCAAGGCCACAUUGUGUUCCCUUCUCUCCUCCAAUGCAACCCGCGACUUGUUCCUCUGACGCAAACACCCUGUCUGCUGACCGGGCACUCCCUGGUAACCAUCGGCCUUCCGCGGCAAGGAUCUACCCAGUCCGCUGCCCCGGAGCUCCUCUUCCUCAUUCCUCUUCUCUAUUUUUUUUUAUUCUUUCUAUUUUUCCCUGUCUGUCCAUUCCCGUCCUGCGCAUUUUGCCUUAUUCCAGCUGUUUGGCUGAUUUGGCUGCGCGCUUAUUGGUGCUUCGCCCCAUCUCUUCCUCCGACCAAGGUCUGGCCAAUUGCUGACUUAGUCGUGGUGACCUACUUGUCCACUUUUAACAAGAAAAAAAGCCGUUACGCUUACAGCCGUAGCAAACGGGCACUCGACACCAAUAUGGCAAUCGUGUACCUGCUCGUCUCAACUCAACGGGCAUCAUCCCGGUACACCACUCCUUCAUAACUGCAUUAUAAUAAGAGGGGUUCAGCAUCACGUAACAACUGCCGGAGCCGCUAAUGACGAACGAUCCCAAUUACCAUUAAUGACAUCCAAGUAUUCCUGUGUGUUCAGGUUCCUGGCUCCUAUUACGUGCGCGAGCGCGCGCGUGCCUGGAACAACGGAGCUUGCGUGAUUUGACAUGUCGCACGUAGUAAAUACGUGGGAGGUUUAAGGACAUGGGGACGUGGGGUUAUACCAGGCGACAAGGCGUUUGUUAUACAUGCCGUAUUUUACAUGUACGACACACACAUGGGAAGAUGACAGGCAUGAUACAUGAGCGAGCGAGCGAGCGAGGCAGCGCUUAUAGGUAUUCUGAUUCCCGAUGCCUGCUUGUUUGCCUGCCUGCAUGUGUGAUUGUGUGUGUGUGUGUGUGUGUGUGUGUGUGUGUGCACAUGUGAUGUAAUAUCCUCGAACAGCAGAGCUGUCCGCUGUGGAGAGAAAAAAGGGGAGAGAAACAUGCAGUUGUCACUCUCUUAGAACCACCGGCCCUUUUCUUCCAUCGGACCAUUCAUCCAUCCCGUUCACUAUAUUGUACACAACAAAACAAAACACAGCCCUCCCUCCUUCUCUCUUUCUCGCGCGCGGACUUGUGCCAGCCUCGCGAGGAACCAACACAAUUCAACUCGCCCAAUGCACCCUUCCAGCGUUCCUGUUUUGCCUCGCUCAAGGGUGUGUUUUCUCUCUCUCUAAACGAAGGGGCUCGCGCGCGCGCGUGCGUGCGCGGCCCCUCAGUACACGGACGGCCGUUGCACUGCAACGUUCAAAGUUUGUUGCGUUCUCCUCAACGGGCGCCUUAAGGCGAGGCGAGAUGGAACUAUAUCCUAC